GUGUCACAGCGCACAUUGCACGCCACUUCCGCCGGUGCUCUUUCCAACUCAUUCCGCUUCCGGCUCCAGAGACUGGUUGGUUGCAUGUGCCGAGUGUCCAAGGUGGCUCUUGUAUAAAUAAUGGCGGACAAGAAACGUUUGGCAUUUUCUAUCAUCCAGUAUUUACAAGACCAGUUGCAUAAUGGAGAACUUUCCUCUGAUGCCCAAGAAAGUCUUGAAGUUGCAAUCCAGUGUCUGGAAACAGCAUUUGAAGUUUCAAUGGAGGAUCGCAGCUUGGCCGUAUGUCAGACACUUCCAGAGAUUUUUGCAGCAGCAGCUACAGUACAGGAUGUUCCAAAAGUAACUUCAGAUCUUCAUUCACCAUCAGAAGAGGAAAUAACAGAAGCCGAAAGACUGAAAACAGAAGGUAAUGAACAAAUGAAGUUGGAAAACUUUGAAAGUGCUGUCUCCUACUACACCAAAGCUAUUGAGCAUAACCCAGCUAAUGCCGUCUAUUACUGCAAUAGGGCAGCAGCUUACAGUAAAAUCGGAAACUAUGCUGGGGCUGUGCGGGACUGUGAAGAGGCUAUAUCAAUUGACCCCAGUUACAGCAAAGCCUAUGGCAGAAUGGGGUUGGCACUCUCAAGUUUGAACAAGCACUCUGAAGCUGUGAGCUUUUACAAAAGAGCACUGGAGCUGGAUCCGGAUAAUGAUACAUACAAAUCAAACCUUAAGAUUGCUGAACAGAAAUUGAAGGAAAUACCAAGUCCAAUGGCUGCUCCUGGCGGGUUUGAUCUAGCUGGACUGCUCAACAAUCCCAGCUUUAUGAGUAUGGCAUCAAACCUCAUGAAUAACCCACAAGUACAACAGUUAAUGUCUGGAAUGAUAACUACCCCUGGUAAUCCUAUGGCAGCUGGAGCAGCAACUGCAAACCCUCCUCCCACAGAUCUGGCAAGUCUUAUACAAGCAGGACAACAGUUUGCUCAACAAAUGCAACAACAAAACCCAGAGUUGAUAGAACAGUUGCGCAGUCAGAUAAGAAGCCGAACUCCAAGUACAAGCAAUGAGGACCAGCAUCAAUGAGCUGCACCUGAAAGUUAAGGAGAUUGUAAUUUUUUUUUUUUUCAGGGAAUUUGGGCAGAAAGUACCGAGUGACCACACCACAGCCCGUCUUCCUCUUAGAUAUGUGUGAACAGUGGCUACUGACAUUCUUUUAUGGGACAAAUGUUUUUUUAAACAUUACCUCAUGUUUUACUCCUCAUAACCACGUGUUAGAAGGAUCAAUUAAAUCUCACUUACCGCAAGGUAGCAUAAAGGACUGGACCAGUAUGGGCAUUUGGUCUUUCUGCUGUUGCUGAAGAAUAAACAUAAAGUAUAUUGGUGUUUCCCUUUC